AUGGCAAAGGCUUUAGAACCUACAAUGUCUCAUCGAGUGCAUUUUAGUUCACCUCAUUCACAAUACGCCAUAAUUAACACCAUAUUGGCUAUUAGGGAAGAUAAACAACAUUCGGAGCAUGUUCGUAAAGUAAUCGACAUGCGUCCACGUAAAGAAAAUGGUUUUAUCGGCAAUAAUAAACAUAAAGAAGACAAUAGCCCAUUGGGAGGCGAUGGUGGUGCAGUGAAACAACAAAAAUUGAAAAUAUUAAAACGUGGCGAAUCCACCAAUACUCCGACGGCAAAAAAUGAUAGCCAAUCGAAAGAAAAUAUUAGUAAUAAAAUUUCAAAUGUUGUCACAAAAGAACAACAGCAAGAACAAUUAUUAUUGCAGAAGAAUACAAACAGUGAUGAACGGAUCGUUGUUGCAGACAGUUUAAAAUCGCCAGUAGCACCGUUACCUGUUUUAGUAAGAGAAAAAUCAAUUCAAAUAACUCAAUCUGCUGUUAAUAACUCAAGUCGUCAACAACUAACGCAUCUUGUACUGCAAAAGCAAUCAUCGCCACCAGUUCGGCCAAGUUCAUCGACAACGCCUACUGCUACAGGGCCAACAACAACAUCUACUGGCAGCGUUACACCACAAGGAAGUUUACCAUCAUUACCGAGUUAUAAUAUUUUAAAUCCAUCAGUACCACUAGUGUUAACAAAAUCAUCAAGUGUCAGCUUACCAUCUACUUCUUCGUCCACUGCAGCAUUACUUGAGCAACAUAUUCAAUCAAUCUCUGCGCGUUUGUUUGGUACAACGAAUUCAUCAAUAAUGAUGAAAUCUUCAAUGAAAAUAAUUGAUGAUACGCUCGUUUGGUGUGAAAAUGGUCAAAUUCAACAAUAUUUACAUGAUACAGAGGGUAAUCUUGUUAUUGGUGCACUUGGCAGACAGCAUGUGGGAAAGUCAACAUUGCUAUCAUUAUUAGGCGGUAAUCAGUUUACUGAUGAAGAUCGUACGAUGAUAUUUCAACCAUCAUCACAAUUUCCAAUAUCAAUGCCGCCACCACAAUUGACAUCAUCUUCCUCUUCAACUUCUACUCAAUCAUCAGCAACUAUUCCUUCAUCUAAAUCAUCAAAUUCAGUAUCAACAGGUAUAGAUUUAUAUGUGACAAGUGAACGUACAAUUUUAUUAGAUACACAACCAUUAUUAAGUUCAAGUCUGCUUCAAAAUUUAAUUGAAAAUGAACAAAAUCGGGAGCAACACCAACAACAUCAUCGUCGUCAUUACAAUCAUCAUUAUCGUGAUCAACAAGAACGGCAUCAAGACUCUCAACAUUUAUGGCAACAACUAAACGAUCCAAAUUCAAUGUAUAUUGAUAAUAUGAUUGAAUUACAAUCGAUUGAAAUUGCUUGUUUUAUUAUGUCUGUAUGUCAUGUUGUGUUGAUUAUUGAAGAUCAAUUUGCUGAUCCGUACAUUUAUCGUCUAUUACAACUGGCUGAAAUUUUACGACCUGUCAUUAAAACAAAUCAACGUGAAUUAAUUCGUCAACAUUCACCACAUUUAAUAUUUGUUAUGAAUAAAUGUGAUGAUUAUAUUCAACCACAUGAACGUUUAAUUAUUAAAAAAGCAAUUAAUAAUUUAAUGUGUGAAACAAGAUUUUUCUAUCGUGGAUCAUUGAAUUAUUUAAAUAAAUUGAAAGUACGUACAAGUACAAAAAAUAUUUUAUUAUCAAUGAUGAAAAAUAUGAAUAAUAAUCGUAUGAUGAAAAUGAAUGGUGGUACGAAUGACAAUGGAAGUGGUGAUAAAGGUGGUUUAAAAAAAUUAUUUCAAAAUAAAAACAAAUCAACAACAAAAAUGAACAAGAUGUUAGCAGGAAAUGAUUUAGAUCGACAAGAUGAUACAAUAACAGAGGAUAGAGAAAAUGAAAGUGAAGAUGAGGAUGAAGAUGAUCCCGAGGCAAGUGAUGAUUAUAAGCUUCAUGAAGACGAAUUUGAAGAUGAGAAUGAUGAGGAUGAAAUGGAUAAUGAAAGUGAAGAAGAAAAUGGAUAUCGAACACGAGCAAAAUAUUUAAAUUCGUAUGAUGAUGUGAAUGCUGUAUUUAUUCCACGACGUGAUUUUCGUGUAUCAUCGGUCUCUCAUUGGCAAUCGCGUUUUAUUGGUUUUUCAAAUCCUGAUUCAACAAUCAGACAAUUACGUCAACAACUAUUAUCUAUUGAUCGUCCAUUAAUUGAUCAAUGUUUAUCUCAACGCGCUUGGCUUAAUCAUGCAUCACGAGUAUGGGAUUCAAUAACUAAAUCAAAUUGGAUAGCAGAUUAUAGUCGUUUAAUGACUUAA